GCUCCAAUGAGCAGAAAGCGUGUGAGUUUCUUUAAGAUGGAUUUCUCCUGCUCGGACCCUGCAGCCUGUGAGCCGCAGUACCUGACGGGGAUGGCCAGCCUCACUUCGGACUUCGCUUCAUCCAGUCACCCCUUUGGAGUCAAUUUUAUCCAGAGCAGAACUUUUCCCGUUCUUCCAAGAACUUGCAUCCUGGACAGUCUAAGAGAUCAAGCAAACUCCCUGUGCAUUAUAGGUGCCAGCAGGAGGCCUAGGUGCAGGCGCAUGCGCACAACCUUCACGCACAUACAGCUUCUGGAACUGGAGCGCGUGUUUGCAGAGACCCAGUACCCUGACAUUUGCACCCGCGAGGAGCUCGCGCACAGGAUCGACCUGACCGAGGCUCGCGUCCAGGUUUGGUUUCAGAACAGACGCGCUAAACUGCGCAGGCAAGACCGCGCAGCCAGUGUGGCUCGAGCGCUAAGUAAAGAGGAGAACAAUCUGGAAAGGUCCGGUUCACGCGCUUCAUCAACUGUGAAGUUUGAAAAGAUUUGUUCAACCAGUGAAGCCACAUGUGGCCCUCUACCAAAAAGUGAAGGGUGGUGUGUGGACAAGCUUCCAUUCUAACAUUGAUUAAAAUUGUAUAUUUUAUAUUGUCACAGUUAAUAUUUUGUUUUAAGGUUUAUUUUUAAAAUAAUUUUAUGUGUAAAUUUUAAUUAUACAUUUUAAAAGGUGGCACGUUGGCAUAGUGUUUAGUACACCUCCAAGGUGGAGGGUUGGGUUCGAUUCCCGCUUCAGGUUUCCUCCGGGUACUCUGGUUUCCUCCCACAGUCCAAAGAAAUGCAGAUUAGAUUAAAUGGUGUUCCCCAAUGGAUUAGCAUCCUGUAAGGGUGUACCUUACAUCGUGUCCAAAGUCUCCCUGGAUGGGGCCCCACAUGACCCUAUAUACGGGAUAAGCGGUACAGAAGAUGAAGAUUUUAGAACAUUAUUUAAGACAGCUAUUUUCAAUUAAUUUAACAUCAGUUCAUGAUGAUGUAUGUAUUUAUAUGACUGUCGUUAAUCCUAUUCAUUAUUUUGUUAUGGUAU